UCUCCUCCUCCUCCUCCUCUCUCGUGCUCUCUCCAUGAGCAUAAGCUUCGCUCCGUCCCCAUCUACCACCUCCCCGAUCGACCUAGUCUCGCCAUGGAAGCUCUCGCCGCGUGCUCGCUCCGCGGCGGCGGUGGCGCCUUCCUCCUCCGCCUCCCUUCUCCCGGGAGAAAGCGCCACCACCGCCUGCCGCGGCGGUUCCCGGCGGUGCGCGCGUCCCGGGAGGAGCCGGAGCUCGACGAGUGGGACCAUAUGGAGAUCAAGUUCGGGAGGCUUCUCGGCGAGGACCCCAAGCUAACCCUAGAGAAGAUAAUGGCGAGAAAAUCAAACCCAGAUGUUUCAUACCUUGAUGUCGAGAAAGCUCUUGAAAAAAAGAAAAACAAAUUAGAGGAUGUCAUUGUUGACUUUUCAUCAGAGGCUAAAAGACCUUCUGCUUCACCAAAGAGUACAUAUUCCUCGACUCAGAAAGAGGGCCAGAAGAUGCCAAUUGGGAGAAACCUAAAUUUGUCUCGCCCAACCAUGGGUAAAGCCAUGCAAGCUACUAGUCCUGACAAAAAUCAAAUGUUCCUUCAGAUGAAGCCAAAUCAAGUGCAAGGAAGUACCUCUAACAAGGGCGGUAGUUCUGAAAUCACUUUGCGAAAGCCCUCUAUUUAUCAAGGCGAUGAUGAUGAAGGGCAAUCCACGCUUAAAUUCAAGCCGAAUCUAUUCUUGAAAAUGAGGAAAGGUUCUAGUGAAAACUUAAGCAAUAUGACACUCCUUAAGAAGCCGGAGGUGAUGAAAGUAUCUUCAAAUUCAGAUCAGGAGAAUGUACCUUCUGAUGGCUUUAUAAAGGCAAGCUCUACUGAGACAGAGGGUCAAAAUGAAAUCACUAAUGCAUUGAAUCCAAAUGAGACAUCAGGCGAUAAGAUUAACAUGGAUAAUGAGAUAAAAAGUUCAGACGGAUUUCCACGUGAAGAUUUGGACAAAUCUGCAAUUUACAGCGUGGCAGAUGUGGAAAAUGAUGGAUGUGAAGAAACUGUAGAAGUCAACAGUGGUUGUAUUUCUGAAUCACUUGAAUUAGGAUUGCAGCCAACUGAACAAAGUCGUAUUGAUGAUUUGGGUGUUUCCACAACUCAUUCGGAUGAGAGGUCAAAAAUUUCUUCUAGCACUACAUCCAGCCAAACUGCACUUCUAGGAAAGCCACAGAGGGUGGAUUCAUCUGUCAGAAGAAUACCACAGCCAACCAGUUUGGAGAAAGAUGGUUUGAAUGAUGAUCAGCGCAGUUACGUAGCUGAUGCUGGGCUGGUCAUCUCAUCAGAAGAAAAGGAAAUUGAUGAGAGCGAUUGGAAAAGUGUAGAGCAUCUUUGUAGUUCUGGUCAAAAAGUUGAAGUCGAACUGAUCAGUUGCAGUGGCAGAGGUUUUGUUGUAUCUUUUCGCUCACUGAUUGGUUUCUUGCCUUACCGAAAUCUUGGUGCCAAAUGGAAGUUUUUGGCUUUUGAAUCAUGGUUGAGAAAAAAAGGCAUAGAUCCCUCCUUAUACAGGCAGAAUCUGGGGGUUGUGGGAAAUUUUGAUGUUAAUAUUAGGAAUCCUGAAUUGGAAUUAAGUGAAACUCAAGAAGGCGGCCCAGAUAGUGUAGGAAACUUGGAAACAAAUAUGAAAUUUGAAGAUCUUCUUAAGGUUUACGACCAAGAGAAGACCAAAUUUUUGUCAUCAUUUAUCGGCCAGAGAAUUAGAGUUUCCAUUGUAAUGGCUGACAGAAAUUCUAGAAGGAUAAUGUUCUCUGGAAGGCCAAAAGAAAAGGAAGAGUUGGUAGAGAAAAAGAGAAGCCUUAUGGCUAGACUUAGUGUUGGAGAUGUUGUUCAAUGUUGUAUCAAGAAGUUCACAUACUUUGGCAUAUUUGUUGAGGUUGAAGGAGUACCUGCGUUGAUUCACCAGUCGGAGGUGUCAUGGGAUGCAACUUUAGAUCCAUCAUCAUCCUUUAAAGUUGGUCAGAUUGUGGAAGCCAAAGUUCAUCAACUGGAUUAUACUCUUGAGCGGAUCACCUUAUCCCUAAAAGAUAUAAUGCCAAACCCGUUAUCAGAAGUACUAGAAUCUGUUAUUGGUGAACGUACAUCUUUGGAUGGAACUAUGGAAGUAGCGCAAGCAGAUGCUGAGUGGCCUGAUGUAGAGUUACUUAUGCAAGAACUACAGAAGAUCAAGGGAGUUGAUAGUGUUUCUAAAGGGCGCUUUUUUUUGAGCCCAGGUUUAGCUCCAACCUUUCAGGUCUAUAUGGCCCCUAUGUUUGACAACAAGUACAAAUUGCUCGCACGCUAUGAAAACCAAGUCCAAGAGCCACUUUGGGCGAGCGAAGUGCUGUUCGAAUUUCCGAGAUUGCCGGAGAGGGCAAACAAUCUUGAAUAUCUGAACUUGUUAUUAUUAGAUUUGUGGAUUGAGGAAACCAAUACAAAUUGCGAUUGCAGAUUAUGGUGCAAGCAUCCUUGGAUAGAGAACAGAUAAAGGCCGCCAUUUUGGAAUGCACGAAAAGAGUGGGCUGAUCUUAUCUUUUUACUCCAUUACCAUUUCGAUUACUGUAUAAUCUACUAUGGGUUUGUUGUUUAUGACCAGAAAAAUGAGUUGCAGAGAAUACUCUCUGGAUUCUCUGUAUGUGUGUUCAGCUUGAUCUUCUUUUUAUGAUUCACAUGAACAGCAAGGUUAUUCAUUCGUGCUUGUA